CAGGUCGGCGCACAAGUCAUGCUGAUCAAGAACAUGGUGCAGGGCGAGCUUGUAAACGGGUCUGUGGGACAAGUGGUCAGAUUUAGUACAUCUGAGGAGGCUAUGCGCACCGCUACUCCAAUUGCCACGGAAGAAGGUCUUAAAGGUGGUCUCUCCACCAAGUCAGAGGUCCCUGCCAACUAUGACAACUCGCAAUGGCCCGUUGUCCGAUUCACGUGUGGCAGAGAAAUACUUUGUGUGCCAACUGACUUCACCGUCGAUAAUGCAGAUGGUGGUAUAGAGGCGAGAAGACGACAGGUGAGCCGUUUGACGUUCGCUUUAAGUUGGCGAAUGAACAAGAUUAGGUUCCUUUGA